GAAAAACCAGGGACCAAACUCUACCAACUUGGGCUGCUGCUGGGCGGCAUACUUGUCCUUGAGCAGUUGUGCUGAGAAGCCAAGCAGGGGAGUAUCCUCAAAGUGAGCUCCAAAUUGGAUAGUGAGAGGGGCCAAAGAAGAAGAAGACGAAGAAAUCAAAGCUAGGAGGGGUCCAAGAUUCCCACUAGGAAGGACCUUUGCUUCCCUUCUUUUUCUUGGCUGAUUGGAAGGUCUAGAAUCAAUCACCUUGGCUGAUUGGUUCUUGCCUUGCCAUCGUUCUGAGAGGGGAUACAAUUUGCCUCUGUUCAUGGCCCAAUGAUUUUGAUUGCUGGGCAAAGUUCCAGAGGCUCCCAUUCCGGUUUCUCCAAGCGGUUGCGCGAAUCUUGGCCUGGUUGCAGCCACCGAAGAUAUCUUCUGUCAAAUUUCUGAGCUUUCUUGGAUUGCAGUAGCAAGCUCCGCGCUUUCUCUACAAGUUGCAAUCUUGAGUGCUUUUGAUUUCUCCCCACCAACAAAAGCAACAGGAGUCGCAGAAAUUCGCCUAGACAGGAGGCUACCUGGACUCUGCGGUUUGAGGAAUCUAAUCGAUUCUGUCUGGUUGGUUCUUCGAUUUGGACAUGGAGAGGCAAACGAGCUUCCGAUUGGGCGCGCUGGAGAAGCUCAAGAGCUUCAGGGGGAUGGAGAAGCAGAAGAGCUUCAAGAUGAUGUCCAUGGACAACUUCAGGAGGCACAGGGACAGCCCUGGGAAGCGCGGCGACACGCCGCUCCACCUCGCGGCGAGGUCCGGCAACGCCGCCGGCGCGCAGAGGAUCAUCGCCGAGUUCGACCCGGAGGUGGCGGCGGAGCGGGCCGCCCAGCAGAACAACGACGGCGAGACGCCACUGUACGUCGCCGCCGAGAAGGGGCACACCGAGGUGGUGCGCGAGAUCUUGAAGGUGUCCGAUGUGCAGACGGCCGGCAUCAAGGCGAACAACAGCUUCGACGCAUUCCAUAUUGCGGCGAAGCAGGGUCAUCUAGAAGUUCUGAAGGAGCUAUUGCAGACUUUUCCUGCUCUUGCAAUGACAACAAAUUCUGUAAAUGCUACAGCUUUGGACACUGCUGCCCAUCUGGGUCAUACUGAUAUUGUUAAUCUCCUACUGGAAUCUGAUGCUAACCUUGCUAGAAUUGCAAGAAACAAUGGGAAGACAGUUCUGCAUUCAGCCGCAAGACUGGGCCAUGUGGAAAUUGUUAAAUCAUUACUAGAUAAGGAUCCAGGGAUUGGUUUAAGAACUGACAAGAAGGGGCAGACAGCAUUGCAUAUGGCUUCAAAGGGACAGAAUGCUGAAAUUGUUAUCGAGUUGUUGAAGCCUGAUAUCUCAGUUAUUCAUCUGGAAGACAACAAGGGAAACAGACCAUUGCAUGUUGCAACACGGAAAGCCAAUAUUGUUAUAGUGCAGACACUACUAUCAGUUGAGGGAAUUGACGUAAAUGCAGUUAACAGAUCAGGGCACACUGCUUUUGCAAUUGCUGAACAACUCAACAAUGAAGAACUUGUUAACAUCUUGAGAGAGGCAGGUGGAGUAACUGCAAAAGAGCAAGUACAUCCACCCAAUCCAGCGAAGCAACUUAAGCAAACAGUUAGUGAUAUUAGACAUGAUGUGCAGUCUCAGAUCAAGCAAACACGUCAGACCAAGAUGCAAGUCCAGAAAAUAAAAAAGAGACUCGAAAAACUCCACAUUGGUGGUCUAAACAAUGCAAUCAACUCCAAUACUGUGGUUGCAGUGCUUAUUGCUACCGUCGCCUUUGCUGCCAUAUUCACUGUUCCUGGUAAUUUUCUGGAAGAUAUGAGUCAGGCACCUCCAGGCAUGUCGUUGGGGCAGGCAUAUGUAGCAAGCAACCCGGCCUUCCUGGUAUUUCUGGUGUUUGAUGCCUUGGCUCUCUUCAUCUCACUUGCUGUUGUUGUCGUCCAGACAUCGCUAAUUGUUGUUGAGCAGAAAGCCAAGAGAAGGAUGGUCUUUGUGAUGAACAAGUUGAUGUGGCUUGCAUGCCUCUUUAUCUCGGUGGCCUUCAUAGCGCUAACCUAUGUUGUCGUCGGGCAUGAUGACUGGUGGCUAGCUUGGUGCACAAUGGCAAUUGGCGCAGUGAUCAUGCUUACAACUCUUGGCUCCAUGUGCUACUGUAUCAUUGCUCAUAGAAUGGAUGAGAGGAAGAUCAAGAAGGCCUCUUCAAACCAAUCCCGCUCAUGGUCCCAAACAGUUGAUUCAGAACCAGAGGUACUCAACAGUAAGAAAAUGUAUGCACUAUAGGAUAGCAAUCAAAUGAUGAUGGAAUGAAUCCCUGUACAUGAGAGUGCCUGUUUUACCUGAGGCUACAACAAGAAAUGAAAUUGACAUGGAAAUCUUUUCCGGAGCAAGGUGUGGCUAUAUUAACUGAAGACACCUUGCUGCCAAAACAAAGCAAGUUAACUGAACUGCCAAUAACUGGAGAAACCUCACCGUGUCUGCUGCGUAUGUUCCUGGUGUUCCUGAAGCUGUGGCCUUGUGUAGGUGAAUGCACAUCUGCUAAAAUUGUUUUGUUGUUGCAAACGAAACAGUCAAUAGUGAAAGCAACACAGUACGAUUUGUAGACUGUAGUAGAUAAAGAAAAAGAGAAUAUUUUGCUGUCACAGACCUUGGGGCCAUGUCUGCUGGAUCUUGUUGCUCGAUGAGCUAGAAAAGUUUCCCUUUUCUUUCCAUCCUGUAGGUGAACAAGAUACGUGCUCCACAUUAUCAUGAACAGUUGAAUGUUCACUGAAACUUGAAUUUGGCAUUUGCAAAAUGUGCAGUGAACAAGAGGACUGAAAGUCUGAAACAGCGAAUAUAUCAAUGAGGAGGUCAAUAUAUACCUCUGGAGUUGAACAUUUCCUAGAUCAUUGAGCACCCGAAUUUCGAGGGAUCCUUCCAUGCGAGUGCUACUUAUCUGAAAUCUGAAUUAACAACAAUCUGGUUCGUUUAAACUGCAAAAACAAUCUGGCAUGGGCAUCAGCAAUCCAUCAUCUAUGAAUUAGGCGCCAUGUCUAGAAACCUUCCUAGAAAAUGAUACAGUAGGAGUAUUGGACACCAAAAUCAUCAUUAAAACCUGAAGAGCCUACAACCGCUAGCAGCGGUAAGGCAUCGGCAUGGAUCAUGUACAGCCUGCUGACUUGGUGCCCCAAAGCACAUGAUCUGUAAUUGGUGAGAAUUUAAGACUGAACAUGAUCUGCAGAUUUCUUUCCGUUGAAAGCUUAACAACGCAGAGACCUACACUUCACCUCGCAUGCACCGUGAUGAUGACUGCAUCCAUGACAUUUGGGUUGGGCUUGUCAUUAACAAUUCCAAACCACCGGAGUAAAUCACUCAGGCGUCGUACCACGUUCACUAUCACUACUACGUAUAGCUUGUUUUGGGC